GAUCUCUGUUCUUUUCCUUCCCACUUUUUUUUUUCCUCUAGGGUUUAUAAGUCGAGAAAUCUUUCGUCUUUGACGACUUCCUUCUAAUUAAAAGGGCUUUCGGUUUCAAGAUUCUUUCUAUUUGCAUGGUUCAUGGAACAGCUGGGGUGAAAUUUGCAGAAUUGUUACUUGAGGUUUGAGCUGUUUCCUGGAACAUCAGCAUGGAUCUAAAUGCAUCGCCAGAACCUGAAGAAGAUGAAGGAACUUUUGAACCAAAUUUCAGCGAGGACAGUGCACCUGAAGAAAAACAUAAUCAUCAUGUAGACCAUGUAGAGACAGCAGUGGAUAUCAUGCGUCGGGAACGUGAAGAAAGAAAGCAACGGUUGAAACGAGAACGCCCAGAUGACAGACCAACACAUCAGGCUUACAGGGCAAUGAAUGAUCAUCUUUUUCAAGCAAAGAACCAGAGAACUUAUGAUAAGAGUCGGCUUCCUCCAGGAUGGUUGGAUUGCCCACCAUAUGGUCAGGAAAUAGGGUGUAUGGUUCCUUCUAAAGUUCCUCUUGGUGAAGCUUUCAAUGACUGUAUUGUUCCUGGUAAAAGAUACUCAUUCAGACAAGUCAUUCACCAACAGAGAGUUGUGGGGCGGAAGCUGGGCUUGGUGAUUGAUCUUACAAACACAACUCGUUACUAUUCCGUGAAUGAUUGGAAGAAAGAAGGCAUCAAGUAUGUUAAGAUCAACUGCAAGGGGCGUGGUUCUGUACCAGAGAAUGAGGCCGUAAAUCAGUUUGUAUAUGAGGUUUCUCAAUUCCUAGCUCGGCAAAAAAACUCAAAGAAGUAUAUCCUUGUUCAUUGCACACAUGGGCAUAACCGUACCGGGUAUAUGAUUAUUCAUUAUCUCAUGCGAACAGUGCUGAUGUCUGUAACUCAGGCAAUACAAGUUUUUGCUGAUGCACGUCCCCCAGGAAUAUAUAAACCUGACUAUAUUGAUGCCUUAUAUGCCUUCUAUCAUGAAAGAAAGCCUGAUUUAGUCACUUGUCCUUCAACUCCUGAGUGGAAAAGGUCUUCUGAGUUUGAUCUGAAUGGCGAGGCAUUACCGGAUGAGGAUGACGAUGGAGUUCCUGUGGAUCCUGUGGAUGAGAAUCAUGAUACCGAGGGGGUCAUGACAAACGACGAUGUUUUGGGUGACAGUAUCCCUCAGGAUCAGCAAGACGCAUUCCGACAGUUCUGUUAUCAGGCGCUUAAAUUAAGUGCAGGGGUUAGAGGGAACCAUCAAUUUCCAGGAUCACAUCCUGUUUCUUUAGACAGGGAGAAUUUGCAACUUCUUAGGCAGCGUUACUAUUAUGCUACAUGGAAAGCUGAUGGUACAAGAUAUAUGAUGCUAAUUACAAUGGAUGGAUGUUAUCUAAUUGACAGAAAUUUUGUCUUCCGAAGGGUUCAGAUGAGAUUCCCCUGCAAAGUAACUAGUGAUGGUUUAGCUGAGAAGGUUCAUCACUUCACACUGCUUGAUGGUGAGAUGAUAAUUGAUACUGUGCCAGAUACUCGGAAACAAGAAAGACGUUAUCUGAUUUAUGAUUUGAUGGCUAUCAAUAAAGUCUCUGUCGUUGAGAGACCUUUCUACGAACGAUGGAAAAUGCUGGAGAAGGAAGUAGUUGAACCUCGAAACCAUGAACGCCAUAAAAUAUAUCAGAGACAACAUUCUUUGUAUAGAUAUGACUUGGAGCCGUUCAGGGUAAGGAGGAAGGACUUUUGGUUGCUUUCUACCGUCAUUAGACUUUUGAAGGAGUUUAUUCCAAGGCUUUCGCAUGAUGCAGAUGGUCUUGUUUUUCAGGGUUGGGAUGAUCCUUAUGUCCCACGUACACACGAAGGACUUUUGAAGUGGAAAUAUGCAUCAAUGAACUCAGUGGAUUUUCUUUUUGAGAUGGCUGAGGAUCGGCAACUGCUUUUUCUUCAUGAACGAGGGAAGAAGAAGCUGAUGGAGGGGAAUAGAAUUGCAUUUGGAGAUGAUGUUGAUCCUGCAUCAUACUCAGGGAAGAUUAUCGAGUGUGCUUGGAAUAAAGAGGAAGACGUAUGGGUCUGUAUGCGAGUGAGGACAGAUAAGGCAACCCCAAAUGAUUUCAACACGUAUAGGAAGGUGAUGAGGAGCAUAAAGGACAACAUCACAGAGGAAGUGCUGUUGGAUGAGAUAAAUGAGAUCAUACAAUUGCCAAUGUAUGCAGAUAGGAUACAGCAUGACAGCAAAGGCCACCACCACUCUACUACAAGGCCUAGAGGAAUGGUAGCAUAGAGAAGCAGGCAAAUGUUGUGUAAUUAGGCAGGCAGGCUUUGAUUGAUGAAUAUUGUUGUAAAUUGUGCUGGUGAGUUUGCAUGAUCCAGUUGGACCACUUGAUCUAUUUUAACAAGUUGUUUUCAAGUAACACUCAAAUGAAUCAAUCAAUUAGGA